AUGACCGAGCGUAAACGAAUACUUUCCUCUCAUUCAAAAGAAAUAGUCUACAACGUGUCAAAGUUUUUUGAGUCGCAGAUUCAGCAACCGACAUCCACGCCAGUAAAAGCACACACAGAAAGAGCAGCAGAAGCUACCCUGGUUAGCGAGGCUACUAUACGGAGAAUUCGACGUGAGAAAAAUGAAAAAGGGAGACUUUUUUCACCAGAAAGACAGAAAGUAAGAGGUCCAUAUAAGCCUGUUGAUGACUUCGAUAAAUGUGCCAUAAGACAGAAGAUUAAUGAAUUUUACACAGUUCGUCGUCAGUUGCCAACCAUUGAUAGACUUUAUGAACCGCUAAAGUGUGACAUUAAUUUUCCCGGCAGUAAAUCACUACUUCUGAAAAUUGUGAAGGAACUUGGUUUCAAGUGGAAGCGCUCUCAAACAAAGAGAAGGGUUCUGAUCGAGAAGGAUGCCAUCGUUGAAAAGCGAAUUCAAUAUUUGAACAGAAUAAAAGAUUACCGCAAGAAAGGUAUGAACUUGGUGUUUAUAGAUGAGACGUGGAUUGACACUGCAUAUACUGCAAAGAAAUGUUGGCAACAUGAAGAUGAAUGCGGGGUUUUAGAACCAGUAAGCCGUGGACAACGUCUUAUCAUCGUUCACGGGGGCGGAAUGUUGGGAUUUGUACCAAAUGCAUUACUGAUUUACAAGGCUAAAUCUUGUACUGGUGACUACCAUCACGAGAUGAAUGGUAAGAACUUUAAAAAGUGGUUUACAGAAAAACUCUUGAGCAACCUACCCGAAAAGAGCGUUUUAAUAAUGGACAAUGCAUCAUACCAUUCUGUACAGUUUGACAAAUGUCCAACAACUAAUACCAAGAAAGCAAAUAUUCAGGCUUAUCUUCGAUUACACGAAAUACAGUUUGACAAUAAACUUCUUCGACCGCAGCUUCUUGCUUUAGCAAAAGCCAACAACCAAACGCCAAAAUAUGUUAUAGACAAUAUCGCCAGAGAGAAAGGACAUGAAAUUUUACGUCUCCCUCCUUAUCAUCCAGAUCUAAAUCCUAUAGAACUGAUAUGGAACCAAGUAAAACAAAGUGUCGCCUCAAGAAACGUUACCCACAGGAUUGACGAUGUUUUAAAACUUGCACACGAAGCAGUGGCAGAUAUCACAGUUUCUGAUUGGGAGAAAACUUGCCGUCAUGUUGCAAUUAUCGAAGAAGAAUACAGAAAAAGAGACAUUGUAAUCGACGAACAAAUGGAGAGAUUGAUAAUUGAUCUGGCAGACAGCAGUGACAGUGAUAGUGACAUUAACGACCAUGCUUAA